AUGGCUUCUCGACCUGCAGCAGGCGCUCGCCCUGGGGCGAAAUUUGCCCAAUUCAAGCUUGUUCUACUCGGAGAGUCUGCAGUUGGAAAGAGUUCGCUAGUCUUGAGAUUUGUAAAGGAUCAAUUCGAUGAUUACCGUGAAUCGACUAUCGGCGCCGCCUUCUUGACACAGACAAUCUCCCUCGAUGACAGCACCACGGUGAAGUUCGAAAUUUGGGAUACUGCGGGUCAGGAGAGGUACAAGUCACUGGCUCCCAUGUAUUACCGAAAUGCAAACUGCGCUGUCGUGGUCUACGACAUUACCCAGGCCUCCUCGUUGGAUAAAGCGAAGUCGUGGGUGAAGGAACUACAGCGUCAAGCAAACGAGAAUAUUGUAAUCGCGUUAGCCGGCAACAAGCUGGAUCUUGUCACCGAAAGUCCAGACAAGCGUGCAAUCCAAACCGCCGACGCUGAAGCAUACGCUCGCGAAGCUGGCCUUCUCUUUUUCGAGACUUCAGCCAAGUCAUCCACAAAUGUGCGAGAGUUGUUUACCGCAAUCGCUAAGAAACUGCCUUUGGACCAAGCUGGACCCCGGAACUUGCGAGCGGCCCCACGUCCCGGCGUUGACCUCCGACCCGAAGCCCCAGGCACUCAAGGUGCCGGCGCAUGCAACUGCUAA